AUUUUUAACUUGAUUGUUUAAUAUAGGAAAAAACAUUUGCAGCAAAAAGUUAGUAAUAAUACUGUUAUAGGCAACAUCUGUUGUUAAAAUCGCAAAUAUUAAACGCCUAUUAUUCGACGUAGAACCUUGCAGGCAUCAAUACGAGGUCGUUACGCAUCGUUGGCGAUUGGAAAACCCACUUUACGGAUGAACAAUCAAACCGACUCGAUGCGAAAGUUCGUGAGGUUUUGUCCAACACAGACAUCCAGUUCACAUACGAGUUGUAAGGGACGACUGCCGUAUAACAACUCAACCCAAAUGUGGUAUACUAACUAAAUGGCUAAUUGUAAACUUGUUAACAUGAGUGACAUCACGAUGGCGCUGCAGUCGUUCAUCACUAUGAUGUCACAAUUGCUUGGUCCAGAAGCUGGGAAAGUGUUGAUAACUAAACAGAAUGGGGAAGUUAUAAUAACCAAUGAUGGAUGGACUUUGAUUAAUUUCCUAACUUCAACUAGUCCUGUUGCAAGAAUUGUGACCCAAGCUUGCAGUGUUCACACAAAAGUUUAUGGAGGUGGUUGUAAGUCCUUUAUGCUAAUGGUUAACGCAGGUCUUGAAUAUUUAUCUGGCAACACUGAAUUAGCAUGUCAUAUUCCAAGCAAUAGAAUCAAAGUUAUAUCUGCUUUAAACUGGUUUCAAGCUGCUGUAUUGGGUUCAGACCGGUUUGAACAGGAAUUGGCAAACUUGACAGCAAUAUCUACUGAAUUAAACAAUGAAAAUUAUAAAGCUGUGGAAACUGUUAUUUCUAAUGUAGUUAGAACUUGCUUUGCGGGCAAGUUUAGCAACAAUGCUACUGUUGUACUUUCAGAUUUGACAACGAAACUGAUUUGGAAAAUAUGUGGUAAUGUUGUUAGCAAUCUAAGGAAAAUGAUUGCAAUUUUAUUGCAAAAUUUUGAUGACUUUGUGGUAGAGGCACCCGGGCAACUUCUCGUACAAAGUGCUUUGGUUAAAGGGAUUCUAAUUGAUAGAGAAGUUAAGAAUUUUAUUCACAGUUCAAACUGUCAAAAUGUUCUGGUUCUUAAUUUGGAUGACAGUCUUACACCCUGCAGUGAAUUUUCCGUUAAUUUGCAUGGGAACCAAUUUUCACCCUUUUUAGAAUUUCCAGUGAAAGUGAUUAAAAAAUGGAUCGAAACUCUCAAGAGUCAAGGGGUCACUGUGUUAUUUUGUCAAGGAAAAAUGCUGGGGACUUUUCACAAUAUAUGUGAAAAUAACGGUGUCCAAGUUGUUGACUGUUUAAGUGCGGAACAAGUCAGUUUUCUAUGCAAGUCCUUAAAAAUAUCCGCUGUACAUGAAAUAACUGAUGAAAUAUUACAGAAGGACAUUGCAGAUGUAAUUAUAAGUGAAUUCCUAGUAUCUAGAAGAACAUAUGUAAAAGUUACACGGCUGAAAACUGGCAAACAACAAAUAUAUACAGUUGUAGUAGGUUCCCCUUCUCCUGGCUUAUGUUCACGGUAUAAAGCAGCCAUCCAUAACGCUCUAACUGUAGUGAGCCACUGGUUAAACCAUUCACCGGCAAAAACUUCUCUAUGUUACAGUGUUAUGGGGGGCGGGGUGUUCUUUUUGUUCUUAUAUCGUUUGAUAAACGAGACACCAUGGGUUAGAAAUGUAUGCGGAAACUUUAGCAAUAGUGAAGAAGAAAAAUUAGCAAUAUCCUGUAGAGUUCUGUCUGAAGUAUUACUGGUAAUACCAAGAACACUGCACAAGAAUUCUUUUCUUUCUAAAGAAAAAAGUUUCAGAUUUAUCACUUUACUUUCUUUGUUUGAAAAUCUUGAAAUAGAUCAAUUGCAAUCUUUAAUCUACAAAACAAAUAUUGGGAAUUCUUGUUUUACCAAUUAUACACCACCAUGGCUAACUGAACCUUUUUCUAUUAACUUGGCUUUGGUAUCAAAUGUUCUGAAUGUCUUGAUUGAAACUUUGAGAGUUGAACAAAUUGUCAGUGUCUCGUCAUCUCUUAAACAAGUGAAUGAUCAGAUGGAAGAUGUUAAUUCAUGAGUUGGUAUCUUUCAUAUAAAAGACAAUAGGAAUGUGGUGCUACAAAAAUCAAGUCCGACCAGUUGUAAUAGGCUGUAGGAGAUACAUAUAUUGUAGAGAAUAUAUAUAACUAGUUAUAUAUAUUCUCUACAAUCUAACUAAAGUUGAUUUAUAUACAAUCAACUUAAGUUAUAUAUGUAACUAAAGUUCAUUUUUUUACUUUUUGCUUUUAUUAAACAGCAUUGUGAAGUGUUUUCAUUUCUUCCAACUGCAUUGUAAUGUGUACUUUUAUAUGAUAAUUUUUACGGUAAUGGGCCAACUCUGGCUUAAAUGUUUGGUUCAUCGACGUGUUCCGCUGCAGGUUCUCACUCUCGUAGAGUAUUAUGAAACAAUGAUAAGAUAUGAAGGCAGUUUUAAUACAUUUAAUUAAAGUAAAACAGUUUUAACACUAUUUGACCUAGCUGUCAUCUAGAAUAGUCACGCCCCCGCGUAAUGUUGUCAACAGUGACAAAGCACGCCAUUUCUGGUUUGUUUUGAUAUUUUAAAAACAACCGCAACCUACGGCAUGCCGCCUAAACGAACUCCUGCAAAGGCACCAGCCAGAGUUCCGGCGUCAAACGCUAGGAAAGCACCAGUAAAUGCUGGUAAAAAAGCUCCUGCUAGCAAUGCUGGGAAAAAGCCAGCUGUGGGAAAAGUUGCUCAAAAAGAAGUUAAAAAGGAAGUAAAGAAAGGACCUUCCCCUCAAGACCUUGCUGCGAUUAUCAUUCAAAAAUAUACAAGAAGAUUACUUGCAAAACUUGUCCUAAAGAAACUAAAAGAGAAAAAGAAAGCUUAUGAUGAGACUAUCGAAAAUAUACAAAGAGAAGCCUACGUUGCCAUGGUCAAAGCACAACAAGAAGCGGCAGAAAAAGAACUGGAGAGAGAGGAAGAAGAAAGAAGGAGAAAAAGAGAGGAAGCAAAAAGAAGAAAGAGAAUGUUGGAAGCAGCAUUUGAUGGCGACUUAGAUGAAAUGCAAAGCAUUUUAAAUGAAGUUUCGCAACUAGAUGACAAAAAUGGCAUCCCAAAAGAUGAGAUUGGUAUGAUAGCUCGACGCUGCCACCAAAUGGCGGUAGUGGAGUGUCAAGACGCAAACGAGAACACACCCCUCUCCGAGGCGGGGGGAGGGGGAAGUGUGGAUGCUAUUGUGUUUCUGGUGGAAAGAGGUGGUAACCCCAACAGUAUAGGAGCAUGGGGUCGAACUCCUUUAUAUCGAGCGGCGUUUGGUGGCCACAUGGAGGCAGUAGAGUGUUUGUUACAGUUUGGUGCUGAUCCAAGAACAUACGCACAUGAUGGUAACACUCCUGCACAGGUUGCAUCUGUGAAGCAAAUAGUUGACACACUUGAGAACUGGGAUGUUGAAAUCACUGAAGCGUUACUAGAGAAGAUGGAAGCUGAGAGGGAAAGAAGGAAAGAUGAAGAUUUGAAAAGAAAAGCUGCUGAAACUAGCAAAAUACAGAAUGAAUUAGAAGAAGUACAGCGUGAAUGCAACAACAGACAGAGAAUAUUGGAAAAAGCUUAUGUUGAGUUAGAGAAAAGAAUUCACGAGCACGAUACUGGUAUUUCCGAGGGGUUUGAUAGACCGGAUGUUACUUUGGCAGCAAUCCAAGACGCUGAAGGAGAUUUAGAGAUUGCUAAACUUAAUGCAAUGAAGGCAAGAGAGGGGUUGGAACAAGUUAAACUUAGACUGAGGGAAACACAAAGUGAUGGCAAGGAUGAUGAUCUUCCCGGAGUAAAAUGCAACAUUCGUGAGUUGGAUGAAGUCCUUAUGCGAGAUGUUGGAAAUCGAAUCAAAUCUUCAGGGAAGUGGCCUCUGCUUAUUGAUCCAAGUGGCCAGGCAGCAGUAUUUCUUCGAUACCGAGAUACAAACUACAUAUGUGCGCUUAACCCUGAGAAUAUGAAACCUGAGACAUUAAGACUGGGGCUGCUUGGUGCUUUGAGAUAUGGCAAACCCCUUGUCAUUGACAUGUUAGAAGUGGACAUGUAUGAAACAGUAUGUGACAUGGUGAACCAGAUAAGGGAUGGGCUUAUAGAUCAAAUAAUGAACAAAGAAAUAUUGGAAGAAUCAAAUUACAUCUCAUUGGUGAAAACAACCGAUCCAAGCGAAUACCAAAAGUCAAACUUCCAUCACCACAGAGUUGAGAGCUUUGUUCUUAUUAUUGUCACCAAAAAUAAGUUCCCACCAGAAAACCUUACUGAUAUUACUUACCCUAUUCGUAUUGUACUGCCAGAACCAACUGGAGUGCUAUAGAUUAGGCCAAAGUAAUAAUGUGUUAUGCUGAAAGACAAAAGAUUUGGGUAUUUUACCCAGCAUAAGGUUUUACUAAUAGCCCAUAGUUGGUUAUACUUGUAUUUUAAAGUACUUCUAGAUAAACUGAUUACUUUCUAUGCUGUAAAACACUUUAUACCAUAAUUCCCAUGCUUAGUUUGGGUUAUCUUAACAUAGAUUUCCUUGAUUGCCCAAAAUUGGGUAUUUUGUAAGACACGAUAUAUAAAUUAAUAGGUUAUGUUUUAUGCUGUAAAAUACUGUAAGCUUUGGGUAUUUAACUUAGCAUAAAGUUUUACUAAUUCUCCACAAUUGUUUAUACCUGCAUUUUAAGACUACUUAUAUGUGAUUAAGUGUUAUGCUGUAAGACAAUGUAAGCUAAUUGGGCUUUAAUAAGAUUAAGUUAACAUUGCAUAGGUUUUUUUCUAAUUACCCCAAAUCUGUUAUUUUGUAAGAAAAUUUUAAGGUUCGCCUGUCAUCUGAGUUUUGGUGUUUUUUUUAUGAAAAACUAGUUUCUGUGGCAAAUUUAGACUACAUAUUUAACCUUAAAUUUUACACACUGUGAAAUGAUAUUUACCUUACAAGCUGUAAUUGUUUUUAUCCAAUUGAACUAAAAUACUCUUUACUUAAA